UGCUAUGGGGGAAGUGCCAAUUUCGAUACCAGUUAGGAGUACAACCUCCCAAAUUUCCGGAAUUGUAGGUCCUCUUGAGGGAUGUACCCAUCGCCAAGACCCGAUCCGUGAUCUGUCUCUGGAAGGUUACUAGACAAAAGGCGGAGAAUGAACAGCGAAACAUGCGACACCAAGGAAAGGGUCUUACGACUGUUGCAAGAGUCUGUCCCAUUGACGGCGGGCAGUGAAUCGAUAACCUGGCUGACCCCGAAAAAUUCCUUGCCCUUCUGGAGCCGGCGAUUAAGCUCCAACCUGGAGGGCAGCCAGCGGUAUCGCGGCAGUAAUCGGUAUCGAGAGUUCGACGUAGAGAUACCGGAUCGGGUAUGGUCCCUUUGGGGUGGGCUGCAUCCAAAGGCGCCUAUAUUCGACAAAAGGUUGCAGGGCCGUCAGGCUCUAGGUUGCUGCGUGGUGGCGUGCUGCGUGGCCAGCACUUUCUGCCACCUUGGCCACUGGAGCGGGAAGCUGCUCGACGCGAUCGUACUUAAUGGGGAUCGCUACUACCGCGCUAGUGUGGAGAAGAGCCAACAAUGGGAGCUGCCCCUGGGUGUGGACGACAUGUGUGCCCAGUGCGACUUUCAGGACCUUCGCUACCUGGUGCAGAUGGAGCUCGUGGCCUUCGGGUACAUGUACAGUGACCCAGCCAGUGCUACCAUGAGCUUGCUCGAGGGCUUCAAAUACUUCUUCACACGCUAUCAAUCUGGCGUGCUGCAGUGCGAGGAUAGGUACUACGCCUUUGGAUAUAGCUCGAGUCUCGACGGCGGCUACUUCUUUUUUGAUUGCUACGCAUGGGGCAAGCCUCUUUUUCCCGACAAUAUGGGUGCCUCCUACGUUCUUUUGAUUAAACAUCUUCAGGGGCUGCUCUACUGCGUUGUGGGAACGCUCAACGUGCGGCGCCGAAAUGUUGAGUUCCGGAUAUAUAACGUGGAUUUAGCUCAACUUCCCCCAGUGACCCCCAAAAAACAAAGAGGACUUCGCUAAAAAGACAAACAGCCUAGAUGUCAAUGAAAAGAAGCUUUUACUCUUGCGGGGCAUCAUCAUUUCGAGCACAAAUAUAUUCCGAAUCCACCUAAAUAAAACCU